GAAAAGAAAAAAAGAGAUAGAAAAGCAAAAAUUGCUUAAAUGUGCAAAUGACAAAAGUAAAAAAAAAAACUUAGUUUUUCUUCAAGUGUGAAACCACUGAAACCUGUGAAAGAUGCAAUUGAAAGUAUGGUUUCUACUGAAUCACUGUCGUUUGAUAUGAACCCAGUCUCAAAAUUAGCUAUGUCUACUAUUACCUCAAGUGAAACUGAAUGCAUUUCUACUAAAUUAACAUUUGCUGUAGAUCCAAAUUCUAAGUUGGUUGAUUUUACAACCAAUUUCUACAAACUCCACGGUGUGGCGGAGAUAAAAACUUCCAGCAAUUUUCCAUUCCAGUGUCUGGCGAUAGUUAUGCCGCCAGCCAGACCGUUGACCGACAAUUUUUUUGUCUUUUUCCAACGGUUGGGCCCAACACGUUUCUAUCCGCCCACCGUUAUUGCGUGCCGCUUUGUGUCGCCGCAAAAAAAUCUUGUAAUUCGUCACCGAAGUCGUUAAUUCAUUGGCAAAUCUGCUACCAUUUUGUGCUUCGGCCUCCUUGUGAACAAUCCCGAUUGC